AUGCGUCUCGUCAAGAACAAGAUCGAGCACAAUGGAUCCGGAACGGUGACCUUGUGUCCUGAGGAGCCUGAGGACAUGGUGCGGUGGCACGCAUACAACCUCAUCCGACCGAACGAUCUCCUCCGCGCCAGCGCUAUUCGUCGUGUCACCACAACUCAAGAAACCGGUUCCACUACCUCAGCUCGAGUCCACUUGAUGCUCGAGAUCCGUGUCAAGAACCUCGACUUCGAUCCGCAGAGCUCGCAGCUGCAUGUUAGCGGGACUAUUGUGAACGAGACGGCACAUACGAAGAUCGGACAGCACCAUACACUUGAUCUGGAGCUGAAUCGGAAUUUCACAUUAGAAAAGGAAGUUGGCGCGGACGGCGAGGGCGUCGGAUGGGACAGUAUCGCGGUGCAGAUGUUGAAGGAUGCGGUGGAUGAAGGGGGACAACGGAGGGCGGAGGCGGUGGCCGUGGUGAUGCAGGAAGGGUUGGCGCAUAUUUGCUUUAUCGGACAGUUUCAGACUAUCCUAAAGCAGAAGAUUGAGAUGUCGGUGCCCAGGAAACGACAUGGUGGGGGUGAUCAUGAUAAGGGCAUGUCGAAAUUCUUCCAGGUUACACUCGAUACGCUGCUGCGCCAGCUUGAAUUCAACACCAGCUCGGCUUCACUCACCAGCAGCGAGACCGUUCGGCCGGUUCUCCUUGCAUCGCCAGGCUUCGUGGCCUCCGGCUUCCAAAAGUACAUCCAGUCGCAGGCAUCCACUUCGACGCCGGCGCUUAAACGCCUCCUACCCAGUAUUGUGGUUGUACACUCUGCUUCCGGUUAUCUGCACUCGUUAGCGGAAGUCCUGCAGUCCCCAGCUGUGAAAACCAUUCUUGCCGACACCAAGUACGCGCGCGAGACAAAGCUCAUGGACGACUUCCUCGACCAGCUCCGCAAAGAAACCAACAAAGCGACGUAUGGUCCGCGCGAGGUUGAAUUCGCUGUCGACCAGGGUGCCGUUGGCCGCGGUGGUGGCGUGCUGAUCAUCUCCAAUCGGCUGUUCAGGUCACAGGACGUGGCGGAGCGCAAACGCUGGGUAUCGCUGGUAGAUCGGGUACGGGAUGUCGAGGGUGGAGAGGUGCGAGUGCUCAGCUCCGACCAUGAGAGUGGAAGGCGACUUGAUGGGCUAGGAGGGGUGGCAGCCCUGUUGACGUUUCCUAUAUUGGAUGAGGAUAUAGAAGGGGAGGGGGAGGUCGAGCAAUAG